AGCAGACGACAUUGAGAUGCACUUUCUGAUGGUACUCGUCCUAAUUGCUCUCUUGGCCAUGGCCUUUGUGAGUGCGGUCCCAGUUCCGCUUCCAAAUGGAGAUGUUAUCGUUAUUGUCAACCAGAAAGUACCACAUAACUGUACUACAAUUAAGUAUUGAAAUGUGUCUAUUUCAGUUUUAAAAUACAAAAGGAUAUUUAGAAAUUA